AUGGACACCCGCACGUCUGAGCGUGACCUUGAGCAGAACGCCGACCCCAAGAUGGCGACGAACGGAAACACUGGCAAAGAUGGCCGCAAGAAGGUUCUCGUUGUUGGCGCCGGCGCAGCUGGCAUGUCUACAGCAUACCAUCUCUCGAACCAUCCUGACAAGUUCGAUGUUACCCUGAUCGACUCGGUCGACUACUGCGGGGGCCAGGCCUUCUCGAUUUCCCUCGACAAGGAACGACACGGCGCGAGCUGGUUCAAUCAGGGAGUCCAGGGAGGAAGCUACAUCUUCCACCACACCCUCACCAUGUUCGCGCGUCAGGGCUUCCACGCCGACCCCGUGAAGCUGCAAGUCUCCUUCGGCAAGGACGAGAAGUUCUGGUCCAACGUCUUCCCGACGGAGUUCAUGCUGAAGCACCAGAAGGAGGUCCAGCGAUUGGCCUUCAUGCUCAAGUUCAUGCGCUGGUUCGAGGUCUUCUUCGCCCUGAUGCCCCUCAAGAUCCUCUUCAAGCUGUUCCGCUUCUCCGACGAAUUCACGAACGUCAUCGGUCUGCCCAUGACCGCGCUCUUCCUGGGAACAGGCAAUGCCACACCAGAAGUACCCGCCAUCAUGCUCGAGCGCCUGUGUACCUCGCCCACGUACGGCAUGUGGUACCCGCCCGACAAGCACAGCGUCGCGUCGAACCUCCCUCCCAUGGUCGUCUUCCCGAACUUCAGCGACUUCUACCAGGCCUGGAAGAAGGACCUCGAAGCCCGCGGCGUCACAGUCCGUCUCUCCACCGAGCUCACCGAAGUCGUGCACCGGAACAAGCGCGGGGUCCUCGUCAAGGUCAAGUCGCGCACGCCCGUCGAGGACGGCCACAACCCCAACGGCGGCGACCCGGACGCGCCCGAGUCCGAGGAGCACUACGACGAGAUCGUGCUCUGCGUCCUCGCCGACACGGCCAAGAAGAUCCUCGGCAAGACGUCCUCCUGGCGCGAGCGCAAGGUGCUCGGGUCCGCCAAGUUCUCCGACGACAUCACCAUCACCCACAACGACGCCGAGUACAUGAAGAAGUACUACGAGAACUUCUACGACGAGUCCAAGGCCGUCAAGGCCCUCGGCCCGAAGCGCGACGUCGACCAGUCCGCCCGCCUCGCCUACGCCCGCGACAACUUCCGCCCGAUGUACUACAUCCGCAUGUACGACGACGACCUCUCCAAGCUGGAGAUGUGCUUCGACACGACAAACUACCAGUCGCAGUUCCCCGAGAAGGUGCCGUUCGAGCGGCACGUCUUCCAGACCAUCUACCUCAACAAGGGCCGCGACCGCAAGCACUGGACCGACGGCGAGAUCGACGAGGACAAGAUCAUCCGCAGCGACUGGUGGCACCAGCUGUGCCACUCGUGGACGCACUACGCGUUCGUGAUCCCCUGGAUGAUGUUCCUGCAGGCCAAGCGGCGGACGCGGUUCGCGGCCUCGUGGACGCUGGUGAAUGCCCACGAGGUCGCCAUCAUGUCCGGCAUCGCCGCCGCCGUGGACAUGGGCGCGGAGUACCCCGAGGAUCUGGAGCACGACAAGUUUGCGUUUUUGUGUUUUAGGUUGUAUUAUCUUCUCGCGUACGGCAAGUGGUAUCGUCGGAAGUUCAAGAACAGUAAGAGCCAGAAGGCCAAGGACGGAGCGAGCUGGGCUUCUGGGCUGUAUGGGAGUGUGUAUCAGGGCCCUGGGGUGACGAAGCUGGAGAGGGCGACGUGGAGGGAGGAGGUCAAGGCCGGGAGGAGCACGGAGAAUCUGGCGGAGGGGAAUAAUGGGAGGAGCCAGCCUUAA